AUGGCAUCGAAUUCACCUCCUUCCGCUCCAAUCAUUUUUGAGAAAGAACUCCGAAAGUAUAUUCCAAAAGAGCUGAUUCCCGACACCUGGAAGUACAACGAAGAGGAUCCAGACAGCCUCCAGAAUCUUCUCAAGAAUCCUCAACUCGGAAUGUUUGAGUCUGCCAAAGAACUACUGACAGAUAUCAACCUCUCCGCGAAUAUUCCAAAAUUUAUCGAGUAUUUCGGCAUGAAGGACCUCGAUGAGUUUCAGGAGGGUAUCGUUGACAAAUGCGAUGUAUACAACGUCUUCGAUGCCUGCCCGUUAGAAGGAGGACAACGACACAUUGCCUGGAUGAUUCUGGAGCUCUGCUGGAAACACGUGAAAGAUAUAAGUCGUAAAGAGGGGGCGCUAGUCUUGCGCGACUCGGAACCACCCUCCUUGUUAAAUGUUCGACCCUUCAAUAUUAAAUACCGCACCUUCAACGGAUUCUUAUCGCGUUGGAGGAUGGACUCAGAUAAAAUAUUGAAAGGACUCGGUGAGCAGACGUCAGUUUUGGAGCGGUUCCUUGGUGACUUUCCAGAAGACGACCCAAAGCAUCAUAAAAAACAAUUUACAAUAUGCAAAGAUUAUGCUGAAGCUGUUAUGGAUUGCGCUUCGAAGUGUGGCAAGCCACCAACUACAUGGUUCAUUGGGGAGAAGAGAGCACCAAUCCGAAUAUUCUCAUUCGAUGGAAAUACAUUUGUGAUGGCUCAUGAAUUGCUCAAAACUCUCAAGGAAAAUGUCGGGAAUGCGGGAGAAAUUGAGCAGGAAAUACUUGGAAUGCCGAAAUUGUCAACAUUCACUGAGAAAGAAGUCGACAAACUUAGUGUAGAGUUAUGGAAUGAACUGGAAUUUCGUGAAGUUCACGUCGUCCAAUUGAUGUUCCGUCAGACUCCGAUUCCGACUUAUUACGAAGGAUACUGUACCCUUGCAGUGGAUGUUCUCUACGAACUCCUUGUGGAUAUGAUUGUGGCGAAGAAGGUGUUUCAUACAUUUCAACCUGACAUCUGGCCUUGUAUCAUAAAGUUUUUCGAGGGAAUGGAAUUCUACUUCGACCCGACCAGAAGGAUCUACUUUCUCGAUUCCAAAGACGUUGAUGCUAUCAAGAAGAUGUGGGAGUACGUCUACAAUACUAAAUUGAGAAAGCAUUAUCCAAAUGUGAAGCACUUUCCAAGAACGAAAAAGACAGAAUUUCGGUUUGAGGAAUUGGAAAAAACACUCGAAUACUUGAAUUUGAAAAAGAGUUGCGAAGGAAUCGAGAAGUAUGCGAGGCCGGUCUAUGACCAGUUUCAUGUUUAUCGCCGGUGUGACAGCGAGGCGGAGGAGAGAUUGUUUCUAUCUGAGUUGCAUGUCGCGGUUACUCGUUGCCAAAUCAAUUAUGUCGUUGAGAAAGUGCCCAGUCUUUUGAAGUUCAUCAAGAAGCAGGGAGCGCUUCGUCGGAUGAAUAUUGUUGAGUUGAGGACUGAACAAGAGCAAGAGCAAGAAGAUGAGCAAGAAGGUGAGCAAGAGGACGAGCAAGAGGACGAGGAGUUGGAAGAUGAAGCAAAUAUGGCAUCUCCACCUCCUCCAAGCUAUCUAGAAACAACAAUUCGGAAAUGUAUUCCAAAAGAACUAAUUCCCGAUAGCUGGAAGUGCGACAAUCAAAUCGACCAUAAAUCAAACAUCGCCUCUUUUCUGGAAGCGGGGAAAAAGCAACUUGAAAUGUUCGAGUCCUCCGAGAAGCUAUACGAGAACGUCAUCCAGUACAUGGACUUCCCGAAGAACGAGGAGCACUUCAAAAUGAGUCGAAGCACACGUGUGGAGCGAUUUCCUUCCCUCCCGAAAAGCAUCAAGGGACAAUGGUGUAUGUAUAAAAAUGAUCUAUACAAGUUGUUCGAUCAUCAUAAACUUUCGCCACUUCAACCGACCACUUCGAAGUUGGCGGAGACGAUUCUGGAGGACUGCUGGGAAAAGUUGAGAGUUGAGAAGCAUCACGAAAUGAUUGCAAGUCAGAAUGAACCAAUGGUGCCGACUUUUGGAGACGCCCAACGUGCGGCUCUCUUUGAACCCUUUUCGAGUGAUCUCAUGGAUCACCAAAUUCAUUGGAGAGAGAUAGCAAAUGUAUCAAGUGUAAUAGAUUCCAUCGCUUUCGAUUCGAUGGAGAAACAUUCUGGAGAAUUAUCGAAUUCAGAAGCCGGAAAAGUCAUUGUAUGGGUUGGAUUAAUUAUCAGAAAAGCCGAAAUGUUUGCCAAGAGGGGACUCAUCCACUUGCCACCACUCAAUUCGGUUGCUCCGUCAAGGGAAGUCAUCCGAUUAUUCUCGAGUGACAAGAAUCUUUUUGUGAUGACUCAUGAUUUGAUCGAAAUUCUACAGAGACAUGGUGUGGAUUCCGUAGUAUUGGAUAAACUGAUUCCAGACUAUCUUAGAAAGGAGAAACUGUCAACAUUAUCCUACGGAGACGCGUUGAAAGUGUUGCUGGGGAUCGGCAAUAAAGAAUUGAUGAAUCUGGAAUUUGCUAAAAUGAAGAGUGAUCUGUUGAUGUUCGCCCAGACACCGAUUCCAACUCAUUAUGGAGGAUACUGUAUCUUUGCAGUGGAUGCACUCUAUGAACUUCUGAUGGAUAUGAUUGUGGCAAAAAAGGUGUUCCAUAACUUUGAAGAGAAGGAUUGGGAGGAAGUCAAUAAGUUCUUCGAGUCUAUAAAAUCUCAUUUCGAUAUCAAUAGAGGUAUCUACUUUAUCGAUUCAAAGGAGGUGGGGGAUAUCAAGAAGGAGUGGGAGGAGUUUUACAAUGAGCACUUGAAGCGAGACUCCAAACUCAUUCAACUGAAAAAAGGUCAAUUUUUGGUGAACGACUUCACGACGGCACUGAAAUCUUUGAAACUGGAUAAGUGCUUUGGAGACAUUGUCGAGUAUGCAUAUAUCAUCUUCGCAAAACUGGAAAAGAAAUCACCAAGUGCCAUGCAUGUAGCAAUUGCACACUGUCAAAUCAACUGUCUUGCUCGAAAAGUGCCCUGGAUUCUGGAGUUUAUUGAGAAGCAGAACUCACGCAAUCGGAUGAAUAUUGUGGAUGUUGCUGUUCGUCAAGAAGAAUUCGAUGUGAACAAGUUGGCGGCAGAGUUGGAACAGAUGGGAACAAGCGAGAAGAAACAAGAGGUGAAAGGAAAUGUGACGACAAAGAAGAAUACGAAAAAGAAGUGA